GGCUUUUUUAGAGUAGCACUCCUAAUGUUGGCAUUCUAGAGGCAUUCAUUUGUUUUUGAAUCCUGGAUGCGUACCUGGACCGUAGAUGCUGAGAUAGAAUGACACUCUGAUUUAUCAACCUUUUACCUUUAACAUAUUGGGCUGGCACAAUGAUGAUUCUAGUAUAUUGCGCGGGACAGUGUAAACAAUGCGCUGACAUAAUUCAUACAACACCGAUGAAUUCAACUGACCAAUUACCAACAUGUGUUUCUGCGCCGCAGCCGACACCGUGUAAUGGUACAGCUAUUGGGUGCGCAGAAUUCAAUGGGAAUGUUUCCUUUGGAAUGAAAGGGACAACAAAUGUGACCAUAAAGUUUCAAUACUGUUCAGCAACAAAGCAGACAAGCUGCUACGAUGUGACCAUCAGAAAUGUUAGAAAUGAGUCAUCGGGUCUUUUUAAGGCAUUUUCGGAAGACGCACAGGAUCCAGCAAAACGAGGGUUUGGAUUAGGACAACUUCAAGGUAUAGAAGGUCGAAUCUGUACGUAUGGUUUCCAGUCACCAGUUGUAAACGGACAGAAUAAAAUGUUCCCAAGUGUUCUCAUCCUUGUAUUGGCAUUGAUUUGUCAAUAGGCAAUCAUCUGUGAACAUUAUUUAUAAUCAUAAUAAAGCAAUAUAACUAAA